CGGAGCCGCCGCUCCCGCCCCCCCCGCAGCCCUUUGUUCCGCCGGGGAGCCAUGGCCGGGGCCGGGGGCCCAGCGCGGCGCCUGCUCCGGCCCCGCCGGCCGCGGGGCAGCGAGGAGGCACUGGGAGAGCAUCUGGCCUGUCUACAAAAAGCCGAGGAGGAGCGGCAAAGCGCGGAGCUGCUGAAACAGACUGAAGCUGAGCGGCAGAAGGUGGUUGCGGAGUGGAAGGAGCUGCGAGGGUUUCUGGAGGAGCAGGAGCAGCGCCUGCUGUCCCAGCUGGAAGAGCUAGCCAGAGCCAUUGUCAAGAGAAGGGAUGAGGGCGUCUCCAGACCGUCCGGGGAGAUUUCCCUUCUGGGAGGGAAGGGGCAGCAGCAGCCGAGGAGCCAAUCCCCACAGGGUGCGGGAUGCACUGAGAGCAGCAGGGAGGAUGGGCCGUUUCAGAAGCCAGAGCCGGGGUUUGCGGAGCUGGAGAAGAGACUCAGCGAUUUCUCUCUGAAAAGUGCCAUCCUGCAGGAGGUGCUGCUGGGAUUCAAAGAGACUCUGCGACUGGAGCUGGAGAACAACACAGCCUGCCUCAGAAUGGUAAAGAGGUGGAUGAACUGGAAGGGUGGAAUCAGCGUCAACGGAGAGCAGUUAAAGCACCUCAGAUUCGUGGAUGAUAGCGUGUUGAUUGCCAGAAACACUAUCAAACGACAGAAAAUGCUGCAAGGGCUCGACACAGAAAGCAGCCAAGUCGGACUGAAAAUGAACCGCUCUAAAUCGAAAUGUAUGCGGUUUGAGGCCUUGCCAAAAGCCCAAAUAACAGUCAAGGGGGAACAAAUAGAAGUUGUUGAGCAAUACGUCUGUUUGGGCCAAGAAAGUAACAUGCACCACGAUCGGGAAGGUGAACUGUCACAAAGAAAGGAAGCUGGCUGGCGUGCAUUCAGUUCUAUCAAGGGUGUUCUCCAAGGAAAAAUCAACAAGGCAACACGCGCCAACUUCUUCAAGUGUACAGUAGUGCCGGCAAUGUUAUACGGCAGUGAAACAUGGGCACUUACCGAGAUAGAGGAGCAACAACUCCUCUGUCAUGGAGAGGGCGAUGGAAAGAAGAAUUCUGGGGAUUUCAAUCAGGGACCAAGUCCCCAGUGAUAUCAUCAGACAGCAGAGUGGAGUGCAGGAUGUCGUUGUUGAAAGCAGGUACAGUAAAAUGCGAUGGGCAGGGGAAUAUAGCAAGGCUCACUGAGAAUCGAUGAACUGGAGCUGUCGCUGAGUGGUACCUACGGGAACUGAAAUGACCACUCUGCCGACCUCCAAAGAGAUGGGAAGAUUUUAUCAUGCAAAGACAUGGCCGCACCUGGAGAAGGAAGGAUAAGAGAAGAAUGGAAAGCUACUAUUGUGAUCUGCGCAAUCUAAAUGAGCGCUGAAGGAUCGAUCGAUCAAGAUGACUACCAGUUGAUUCAGUUGCUUAUUCUUUGUGGUUCGGAUCUCCUGUUCUCCCCUUGGCAUGACUGGAUCCUGGUCGUCACAAUUGUUGUCCAAGUGAAUCUACCAAUACCAUUUGACGAGAUGAAUUGUGCUACGGUAUUUUGCUUCACCCAAAGUGUCUAACGUCUCAUCAUCUCUGGCCUACGGGAUGCAUCAGAGACUGCCAGACUCUUUAAUUUUCUGUAUCCAUCACUUUGUACUUCUUCAGAGAUUUGUUUUUGUACAUUACCUGGAUGCCUUGCUAGAGGCAGGCUGGGGUCCCACCGUGUCAAUCCUAUGGAAUAUUUUGUGAGUCAUCCCGAGCAUGUUUGAGAACACUUGCUUGUGGCUUUGCAGAUCAGCCAAGAUCUCUGCCUUCCGAGUGGGUGUUAGCUCUGUGCAUACCUCAGUCCUGCCAAGUGACGAGUCACCCUGGCAUUCAGGAUGCCACAGACCCUCCUUCCUCACAGCACACCAUAUUCACAAUUGCUUCUCUAUUGUGACAGGCUCUAAGCCUACUAACAUAGAAUAACACGUAGUGUGGGGCCGCAUUACUUUGGGGGUCAUUCUCAAUUCUGCUGUUUGUGGGGAAACAGAAUAAUUUGCAUUUUAGCAAUCUCCCCACCCCACCCCUGUGAGGUUGAUGGCCCUGUUUAUUGCUUAUAUGUAAAUGUACCUUCAUUGUCUCUGCCUGAUGGUUGGGCUGUUCAGAGAAGCAAGCAGUUCCUUUGUCUAGAGCAGACCUGUGUACCAACUCCCCCAACAUAUCUGGAUUAAACACAUUUUCUUCAUAACCCCAGUAUAUAUCAAUAACUCUUAAUACACACUGUGUCCAUGCAUCAUGCAAGAAUAUUAGUGAUCAGCGAGUUAUUAAUUUUCAAAGGAUACCUCACAAGGCCUGUUUUUACAGAAAUUAUUACAGAGAUGUGAAUACAGGGGUGCUUUGGGUCAGACACGUGAAACACCUCCUGGGGCUGUUCUGCCCGCAGUGUGUGAGUGUCAUUACCAGGAGGGGGUUGGCUCCGAGGAGGUGAGUUCACAACCAGAGUUCCCUCUAAGCUGCCUGGCUGCGCGGCCGCCCAAGAGUCAAGCAAGGGCCACGCACUUGAUUAGCAGAGUCCCGCACAUCCGGCACAUGAGUUCAGGUGCCCCUCCCCCUGCUGCUCUGCAGCCACUUUGCUCCGGCCCUUUGCCUUGGAGCCCCGGGCCUGCUGCUCCCGGGACCCUCCUGUUUGCGGUGCCGUAGGGGGAGGGGGUCAGGGAGUGGCACUGAUGUCAGAUUGUCCCCCUCCCCGUGCCCCCCCUCAGUGCAUGUACCCCACCUCCGCGGAGUGGGGUAGGGGACAGGGCUGAGGAGCAGGAGGAAGCUGCUGUGGUCUGAAUGAGCCUUCUGGGGAGUACCUCUCUCCUUAAAGAGACAGCGCACGGUCUCUCAUACACUUCCCCAGCAGCCAGUACACACGCACUCUGUCUCUGUCACAUACACACACUGUCUCUGUCACACACACACACACACAGAGACACACACACUUUGUGUGUGCGUGUCUCUCUCUCUCUCACACACUUUCACACUCACCUCCCAAAACAUACUUGUUGUUUUUACUUCUUGGUACUUCCUGCAAUGCACCUAUAUUCUCGUAAUUUUAUUCUUUCGAAGUGCUGUUAUUUUAAUUUUUUGACUGGUCUAUGCAUUUCAUAAUUUUAUUUCUCUCUUAUGCUUAAAUUUAAGUCUUUGAGUAGUGAGUUCUAAAAUGUCUAACCUGUCCUGGCUGGAGUAAUUAUCCCUAUGGUAACUUUUAAAAAAUAUAUAGGUUUUUUGUGACUACUGGCGGUGCACAUCUGCACUUUACCUCAAUAUUGGUGCACAUAACAAAAUUAAUUCCUUACAUGGAUGGAAAAAAUUAGAGGGAACAUUGUUCCCAACCCCUCCCUUUUCCCAGGGGUAAACCUGGGUCCCUUAUUUACCCUGGACUUCUGCCCUUUUUUCUGUGUCUUGUGCUCACUAGAUGCUCUGGCUUGCACAUAGGAGUCAGCUAGAUUGGCUGCUUCCUGAACAGAACCUAAAGUUUUAUCCUCAAUGGCUUCUCUGAUUUCAUCAGAGCAUAUUCUCGUGAAAUCUUCAUGUGCAAAAAGGUAGAAUAACUGGUCAUAAACCUCCACACCUUUCCCCAUUUCCUCAUCAAAUUACCCAUUUUAUAACCAUGUGCUCUAUGACUCACGUUAACACCUUUUUUGAGGGUUCUAAAUCACCCGGUACACUUCACGGGUACUUUGAAGCUUCUGCAAUACAGCCUUUGUAAAGUCAUCAUUCAAAGCCUGUUGAAUUGGUGUUUCAUUAAAUACAUUUAAUGCUUUAUGCGCGAGCUUUGUAACCAGCAUGGGGACUUUCUUGUUUCCUGCGACUUUAAGGAACUCAGCUUUUUCAAAAGUAGUAAGGCAUUCCUCGAUACAAUCUGACUCUUCGUAUGCAGGGCAUAGUUUGUCCAUCUGGGUGUUUCUUGUGAAGAGAAGUACCUGUGGGCUUUGAGAUCUGUCCAUGCUUAUUCACUGUGUCCAGGUUAUACACCCUCUCUCUAUCCUUUUCUUGAGCUUCUUUCUGAUCGGCUUCUUUGUCUCCUUCGUCAACUCCCAUCUCUAGUGUUCGGCUCUCUGGUCCGUUUCCCAUGUUUGGUGUUUACUUUCUUUGUCUCACUCUGUGGCUUUCCAUUUUUAGUGUCCACAUGCUCUUUUUGUAGCUUCCCCCUCUUUAUCUUUCUGAUGAUAGAAUCAUAGGGUUAGAAGGGAACAGAAAGGUUAUCUAGUCUAACCCCCUGCGAAGAUGCAGGAUUUGUUGUGUCUAAACCAUCCAAGACAGAUGGCUCUCCUGCUUUUUGAAAA